UCACCUGUCAUUGUCAAAUGGUUUAAUAAAAAUAAUAAAGAAUAAUAAAAUAAAAAUAAAAUACACAAAUACAAAAUAUAAAUACAGAGACAGAGUAUUACAAAAUUACAGAGUCGUAGCGUAGUAGGUAGAAAGCAAUAACCAAGCAAGCAAAUCAAAUACAGAGUAGAAAGAGUUUAUUGUGAUAAAGUAAGACAUUUCACAAAUACAAAAAUGAGUUCACAAAGUGAAGCAGACGUGACCAAAACUAAUAAGACAUUCGCUGAAAAACAGGCUGAGCGGAUGAAAAAGUUGAGAGAAUUGCACAAGGUGCGAAAUGAAGCUAGAACACAUAAUCAUCAAGAAGUGGUAGCAGAAGAUGCCAGGAUUAAACUACCUCAGAACUGGGAGAGUAGAAAACGACGAGCAGAAUGGAUACUAAACGAUCAGAAAGAACGGGAAGAAGCUGCUAAAGAAGGAAAAGACUACGAUAGGAUCAAAUUGUUGAAUGUGUCUGCUGUGGAAGCUGAAAGGUUUGACAGAAUGAAAAAAAAGAAAAACCCUGAUGAAGGAUUUUCAGAUUAUGAAGCAGCAUCCGUAAGGCAAUAUAAUAGGUUAAUAAAAACAAUGGCCCCCAAAGACAUGGAGAGAUAUGAAGAGCAAAAAGAAAAGUAUGGAGAUGCGUUUUAUGCUGGUCCAAAUACAAUUGUUCAUGGCCUGCAUAAAGAUAGACCAGAAGCUGUGGACAACUUAGUAAAGAGUGUGGAAGAUCAAAUAGCUAAAAGAAGUAAAUACUCCAGGAGAAGGACUCAUAAUGAUGAUGCAGAUAUUGAUUAUAUUAAUGAAAGGAAUGCUAAAUUUAACAAAAAGAUGGAUAGAUUUUAUGGUGAACAUACAACAGAAAUUAAACAAAAUUUGGAACGAGGAACAGCUGUUUAAGUGUUUUGUGAAUAUUGUUACACUAGACUAGGGAUCAGCAAACUUUUCGUAAGACCAUUUAAAAAAAUAAUAAAAAAUUUAUGCAGACGCAUAUUUAAACGUAACAAUAGUUUUUUUUUGUAUCAUAAUAUAUAUGAGUAUAAAUAUUAUUAAAAAUAAAUAUAGGUACAUUUUUUUUUGACAUGCUAUAAUAACAAUAAUGUCAGAGAACAAAAAUUUUACAAUUGUUGAAAGGAAACAAAAUUCAAUUCCAAUUUCAUAUUUAUGUAUUAAUUAUGUAAAUAUAAAAUAUUAAGGUUAA